AUGGCUUCGUCGACCGCCUCAUCCACCGCUGCCUCGACACCACCCACCGCCUCGGCCAUCUCAACACUCAUCGAUCGCUCAGCUGCCAAAUCCGCAUCCGAGUCUCUGGCCAUCACCGUCCUGCACAACCUUCAAUGUCAACACGAGUGGACAGAUCUGAGACUCCAUCUCAUCUGCACCAUCAAUAACCAUGCCGCUCAACAUGGUCCUGCAGGUCUGAUGGACUUAGACGGGAUAAAAUUCGUGCAUUCCAAUACUUCAAGAUCGGCCUCACCUUCCAGGUCAGGCUUAUCAACUCCCACGGGUAACGGAAACUCCUCACCGCAACCAUCCACGCCACUUGCCACUACUCCUGGUGGGCCAAUACCCAUAAUAUCUGGCCUCCCUCCUCAGCACACUUACUUGCAUCCGGAUCUGCAGACGUACCUAAUCAAGCACAACAUCAAGGAAUCGGAAAUACCAAUCCAAAGAGAAUUUGUGCUGCCAUUAGUACUCGGCGAGAAAUGGAGCCUGGCCAAGUUAUGUGGCAUAUUUGACCAGCUGCCGGAGAGGGACAUUGUAAGGGUUCGGCGUCCUUCCGGAAGCAGCAGAGACCAGAGGGAAAGGCGAGGCAAUGUGAAUGGAACUGGCAAUGAGAAUUCAACAGCAACGGCUGAGGAGGCCAUAGGUGGACCGGCAACCGUAAGCGGGACUGGCAGAGCUGGUUGCAAGGCUGGUGCGUUACACGAACACAAAGACACCAAAAGAGUACUCUUCGGCAUGCGUGCUCGCGAAGGCGGGGGCGGCGAUGGCACAGUAGUAUACUACAUCAUGCAGGAAGGGGAGGUGAAACCCAGGCAAAAUGGAUGA